AUGUCUGCACAGGAUGCGGUGUUCGCUCGAGUUCAAGUCCAUGCCGCCGUUGUUAUACACCUGUAUGUAUUGGCUGUGGAGAAGUUUAUUCGAGCAGGAAUCGAUGCGCGCACUGAGGUUCAACCAGUGACAGCCAUCCUAUCUGAGCCUUCAGACGACCAAAAUUACCUGAUCCUGCGUUUCUUACCCUAUACGAGUUCGUCUUCAUCACAUGUCCUGGUCCAACAUGGUCUUGAACUGCUCCCAGUCUACAACAACACCAACACUGAAAAGAUGCCAGAUCUUGGAGGAAAGAUCAAGCUCUUUGAAACCGGCCCACGCGCCGUCGAAGCGACUGAUGUGCCAAUGGACCCAGACUCAAAUUGCCCACGCGGAUGCCAGAAAGCCUGA